UUCUGCAUUGCCAAUGCUCCAAACUUGGAUUCAAUCCUCGCCCCUACCUCCUAUAUAACACAACUCUCCCACUCUUCUGCUUCUCGGAUUUCUCCGACUCACUCCUCUCUGUUCCUCUAACAUCUGGUUAAAAAUGACAAUGUCAUCCAUGGAUUCAUCUUCAAUCAUCUUCAAUUAUCUCUCCCCAACUCUUUCUCCAGCUAUCGCCGCUUCUAUCAUCAUCAUCUCAGCUCUUCUACUCUUUCCCGGCGGUCUGGCGUGGGCCCUUUCCCUCACGCGCCCAACAUUCUCCGGGCCCACCGGAAUUGUUUUUGCUCUCGCCAGCUCUGCCGCUCACAAGUCACUUGCCGCCCUAGCUCGCUCCUUCGACGCCCUCCGCCUCAUGGCUUUCUCGGUCGGCCUCACUCGCUUCAUCGUUUCAAGCCACCCGGAAACCGCAAAAGAGAUUCUUUCGAGCCCAGCCUUCGCUGAUCGCCCCAUUAAAGAAUCAGCAUACGAACUUCUGUUUAAUCGCGCUAUGGGUUUUGCCCCAUUUGGGGAUUACUGGAGAAACCUGAGAAGGAUUUCGUCCACAUAUCUUUUCAAUCCGCGGCGAGUUUCAUCGUUCCAGAAGCAACGGAGUGAGAUUGGCGAAGGAAUGGUGCGGGAUAUGAAAAGAAUGAUGGAGAGAAAUGGAAUUGUAGAAGUGAGGAGAAUGUUGCACUAUGGGUCUUUGAAUAACGUCAUGUUGACUGUUUUUGGGAAAAAGUAUGAUUUUGCAAAGGAUGAAGGGUUGGAGCUUGAGUUGAUGGUUAAGGAAGGAUAUGAGUUACUUGGGGUCUUCAACUGGGGUGAUCAUUUGCCUCUUUUGGGAUGGUUAGAUUUGCAAGGUGUGAGGAGAAGAUGCAGAGCGCUUGUGGCUAAGGUCAAUGUAUUUGUGAAGAAGAUCAUAGAAGAGCAUAAGAGGAGAGCCAACGGCGUAGGGAUUGAUGAGGGUGAAGGUGAAGAUUUUGUUGAUGUGCUUCUCGGUUUGGAGGAGAAAGAUAGACUCUCAGAAUCUGAUAUGGUCGCAGUUCUUUGGGAAAUGAUCUUUAGAGGAACUGAUACUGUUGCCAUCCUAUUGGAAUGGACGUUGGCUAGAAUGGUUCUUCAUCCUGAUAUUCAAUCGAAGGCACAAGCUGAGAUUGAUUCUAUCGUUGACUCUUCAAUAUUAGAUUCUGAUAUCCAACGACUUCCUUAUCUCCAAUCCAUAGUAAAAGAAACCCUUCGAAUGCAUCCUCCUGGUCCUUUGUUGUCAUGGGCUCGCCUAGCUAUCCAUGACGUUCAUGUUGGAGGUCACAAGAUUCCUGCGGGGACGACUGCAAUGGUUGAAUGCAACUGGGCUGAGCCUAACAAAUUUAAUCCUGAUCGAUUCAUCGAUGAAGAUGUCAAUAUUCUUGGUUCCGAUUUAAGGUUGGCACCCUUUGGCUCAGGUAAAAGAGUUUGCCCUGGCAAAACCAUGGCAUUGGCUGCAGUUCAUCUUUGGUUGGCUCAGUUGCUGAAAAGCUUCAAAUUGCUUCCUUCGAGAAAUGGUGUAGAUUUGUCUGAGUGCCUAAAGAUGUCUCUCGAGAUGAAGAAUCCUUUGGUCUGUGUGGCUGUUCCAAGGUUCGAGUAGUCCUGCUAAGAUGACGUCUAGUUAUAAGAAAUUUGUUCUUUGCAAAUUGUG